GUGUAAGGUAGCACCCAAGAAGGCGUUCCUGGGCAUUUUGUUGUGCUAACAGGUACCAGGGUAUUGUGACUCACUGGCACAGUGCUUUCAGAGCUGGUGGGGAUGAGCUUUUGUGGCAAAGCAUGCAUACUUCCUGAGUGAGCUGAAAAUCCAAAGGCUGGAGAUAGGCUAUAGAACAAGAGGCUUCUGUUGGUACAAUUAAAUAAGAGAAAUAAGUUCAAGGCACAUAUUUCUAGGGUAAAAGAAUCUGUUUUUCUUGCUGAUGAAAACAAGAAAUCAGUCUUACAAGACUACCCGCCUCAGCAAAGCUGUUAUUCUUUUUAUUCAAUGCAUUAGAAAACCAGGAAAAUAAGUAGACAUGCAUCUGGAUUCCAGUGAACCUGCCUGGUACAUCACUCUAGAAAUAAAAUUCCCAUUUAUACAUAGAAUUUACAGGACAGAAAUUUGCUAAAACUGAUCUAAAGCUGACAUGAUGAAAUCCAGAAGGAAAAGGUUUUACUGUGAUUGACAGAAGUUAAUGUUGCCUAUUUUUUCACUAUGGAACAUAAGAAAUGAGUUGAACAUGUUUUAUAUUUCCCAGAACUAGCAAUUUUCUGUCCUUGGAAAGUUUUAGAGGGAGGAGCUCAGAGGUGCUGUGGGAGGGACUAAAAUUCAUAUUAAAGUUUUGGCAUGAGAGGGAGAAUUGUCAGAGUGGAAGGUUUCUUCUGAGGUUUUGCUUUUUUAGUUCCAAUUUAGGAUGAUAAGUAUUCAUGUUCAGAUUCUUCUAGUAAUUCUUCUUUGGAAUUCUGAUUGUCAGAUUAUUCCCAGGAUUGAAGAAUGUGGACUUUCAUGUUCUCAGGGGAUUCAUUGUAAAAGCAAACCUUCCAGUGGCAUUUUUAACAGCUUCUGCCACGAUGCCCCUGCAUCUUUAUCUUCUAUGGUACUGAAAAGCAUGAAGAUCUCAACAGUGAUGAAAUGUGUCCAAGGAAGCCCAUGCUCUCUUCAUUUAAACAUUAAAGGAACUCUGAGUCUGGAUGAGAAUAUCCGUGGGCUGGAAAUAUGUUCUCUUUCACUGGACACACAGCAAUCUCAGUGCACAAAUGUGAGAUUUGCUAGGAAAAAAAGCAUGAUGCUUAAUGGAAAGAAGGUGCAGGUACAAUUCAAUUGCAUUGAAGUCAAUGUAGCACAACACAUCUAUGUGACCAUGAAAACGGUACCAAAUUACUGUGAAGUCAAGCUGAGUCAGGAAUACUAUGUUGAAGAUUGCAGGAACAGUGAUGUGGGAAAAUAUAUUCCAGCUUGUUUGGCUGGAAAGUUUGAUUAUAAUGUAGACAGGGCAAGGAAAAUUAUAUCAGUGAAUGUAUCCAACUUUCUUCGGGAUCAAGAUUAUUAUGUUCGCCUGUGCCACAAAUGGUUUACCUGUGAAGAUGUAGGGGCAUUUGCUGUGAUCAAAGGGAAGGAAUCUUUAAAAUCAGUUUCUCUGAAAUAUUCUCAGCUACUCCCUUGUCUUUGCAUUGAGGGUUGGCUGGCAGUUCCAGAUGCAAGGAGGAUACAACUUUGCCCCUUCGAAAAUGAUACGAAGGCGCUAUGGGAUAACAUCGUUUAUAACCCAGCGACACAAACCCUAGCUUGGGAGCCAGCCUGUCCUGUGCUUGUCAUGGUUAACCUAUGCAGGUUAAUGAAGUCUGAUGACCACUGUGAAGAUAUACAAAACUCUUCCAAAAAUUCUCCUGAGAAACAGGUUAAAUAUUCUCGUGUGGACACUCACCCAAGACUUUGCAUGAAGUUUACAACCAAGCAAGGCUCUUGGAUUAAAUGUCCGUUUGCUCAUGGAGAGUUUCCAGCUUGGAAAAUGAGAACUGCUGCAGCUGCAGAACAGAUAAAAGUUUUCUUCACAUCCCAAACCAAGGCACAAUUCUCAGUGCUUGUGUGUAACAGGACGCAGCUGGCCUCAUGUGAAUCUCUUGGGAUGCACCAUUCAAUCUCUGUGGGAGAUUCUGUAUCAAUCACUAUGUCACGGGAAAUGUGUGGGUCAACAAUUUGCAUUCAGGGCUGGAGGACAGAUGUAGAUUACUCAGUUCCACUGCAGACCUGUGAUAUUCACUGUGGUUUCCAUGGUCAGAUGUACGGUGAUGGAAAUGCAGCAAAGGCCAUGACAAACAGAGUGAAGAUUGUGCAUUCCUUGCACUGAAUUUAACAACACAUUUUCAAGGUCGUUAGUAUCUUCUCAACACUCAGUUGUAUUUUGGUGUAACUUGCAAGUCUUGUCUAACCGGUCAUCUUUCAUGGUAGCAGUUUCUGCUAAUUACUGUGAGAUUAUUCUCAUGAGUGAAAAACUUAGAAAAUUAAGCCUAUUCUAACAUGACCAAAAGAAGCUGGAUUAUAAUUCCUCAUUUCCCAGUAUUUUAAAAAAAUGUCUUAGAUGACUUAAAAAAUCACGUUCAUGUUUUCCUUCUAAAUUAAUAUUUUAUAUACAAUAAGCUAUAAAUGAGUAUUUUCCUAGUACCCUGUGUACCUACAGAACAAGUAUUUCAGAUUUUCUUCUUUGUAACAUUUGUUUUUAAACCAUAACAAAAUGCUUUUGAGAAAUGAAGAAUGGAAGAAGUUUUCUCAGCUUUGUUACAUUAUUCCUUGUAAUUUCCUUUGUUUCAUUGUGAUGAUCUCACCGUGCGAGACCAUAUUCCUUUAAAUAUAUCUAACAACUAAUUUCUGUAUUUGCAUUUGUAUUUGACUUGGAGAUAACUUUCCUCUUCAUAUGAGGAGGUGCACAUCUUUGGUCUGAUAGCUAUUUAAAACUGUGAUGUUAAAAUCCAGCCUAGAAGGAAACCGUUCAGUGGGAAGAACUGAAGUAUUUUUCUUUCCCCAUUAUAUCAGUAUUUAUACUCAAUUGUUGGGAAUAGUAUUACACACUGUACUGAUUAUCAAACAUUUGGCCUUUAUUUCACUGAAUACCCCUGUCAAACAUCCUUAUUUCCUGUUGUGUAACAAGGAAAUAAGGUCAACUGAAAGAUGAUUAAUAACAAAUCCUGAAACCAUGUGGAAUUGCUCAUGUGGGAUUUGGAAUACGGGUGGGGAGCGAGGGUCUGGAACAAGAAGCUGAUCAAUAAAAAAAAUA